AUUUUCAACAAAGUAAUAAUAUUUUGUGUAGUUGUAAACUGAAAUAAUUUAAUUUAUUGUAUGAGCAACCAAGUUGUAACUCAAAACUAGCCUAAGAAAUUUAAGAUAACGUUAAUCAUAAUUUAUAAUAAAAAUUUUCAAACUAUCAUAAAUAUUAUUAUAUAUAAUAUAUAAUAAGUAAAUCAUAUUUUUAUGAAUUUGAAAAAGUGAAUUAUUUAAAAUUAUAAACAUUGUAACAAAUAAAAUGGAAAGCUUAAUACCAGAUAUUUUAUUUACUCUACUUGGUCAUAAAUCAGAAGUGUUGAAAUGUAUUGUAGAAAAUGACAGUAUGUUUUCUGAUGAUGAAUCUAUAAUUGUUAAUUCUGGAGACAGGCAAUUAUUGACAUUUUUUCUAAAUUUGGCUGAAGAAUAUCAGAAACUGAACACUAUACUUGUAUCCUAUAAUCGAUUGGAGAGCAUUUACAAAGAAUCAAAUGUUAGUAAACGAGGUAUGUACUUUGAAGCUUUUGUUGAUGGUACAAUUAUUGCCUUGCAAUCUUACCGUAAAUGUGUAACCGAUAUUGAAAAAGAUUUAUUAAAUAACAAAGACAAUAAAUGUCUGUUGACUGAAAUAUUAAGGAAAGUUGAGCAACAUAAACCAUUAAUUGUUUCUAUAAACAAUAUUUUGGAACAAAUUGAACUUUCUCAAUUGCAUGGCGGCCAAAUAUUAAACCUGAUAUAUGAAGUUGUCACUAUGACAUUUAUGGAUGACAAAGUUCAACUAUCUCUUAUAUUCAAACAAUGUUUACAGGUAAAUUUAAAGUAAAAUAUAUAUCAAAGUACAAUAUCAUUAUAAAAAGUGAUGACUAUUGUAAUUUAAUUUUCCUUAGUUUAGUUUAAAUCCUAAUAAUGUUAUUAUUAUUAUAGGUGUUGAUAUCACAGUUGAACACUUUUUUUGCACGUGGAGUGAUUUUUGAUCCUCAUAAAGAAUUAUUUAUAGAGCCAGAAUAUUCAAGAAAUACCAAAGAAUUUAAACAGUUUACAUUAUUACCAAGUUUAAUGCCAUCAUUUGUUCCUAUUUCAACUGCAAGCAAAAUAACAAGAAUUGGCGAUGUAAUUAAAAGUUUACAACAUUCACAUGACCAGCUGUCAUACAUAAACUACAAGGAUAUUUCUAUUGAGCUAUAUGGACAAAAAAGAGAUCAACUAUUUGCUGAUCUACUAAAUUUAGAAAAUUUGCCUAUGUUUACUAAAAAUGAAUUUGUUGAAGUAAUUGAUAAAUUUUAUAACGUAGUUGAUGAAUACAUGUUGAAAGCAUCAUUUUUAAAUGACAGUAUUAGUUAUCAUAUGAAAUUAGUUAGAGAUUUUUAUUUAUUGGGAAAUGGAGAGUUUUAUAUGCAUUUUUUAAAGAAGAUGUGCAGUUUAUCUCUAAAAUCUGAGCACAGCUUACGGGCUAUUAAGGUAGCAUUUAUCAAUACAGCUAAAGAUGUCAAAAUACACAAAUCUGUGUAUAAUGCAUUUAGUUUCAGUUCAUAUGAUAAUGAAAAAAAUGAUGAAACAACAUGGAUAAAACUUAAAGUUACCAUUGAAACUAAAUGGCCAUUACAGUUUAUAUUUACCAAGUCUGUUCAAAAAAAUUAUUCAAAAUUGUUUACAUUUUUAUCACGUAUAAAAAGAGUGCAAACGAAUUUACAUGAAAUUUGGAUUGAACAAAAAUCAAAACCAUAUAAGUUAAAUGGUCAUACUGACCAACUGAAAACAAAGUUAACAUUUUUAAUUGACACUCUAUAUAGUUAUCUUCAGUUAGAUGUCAUUGAAGACGAAUGUUUUUUGCUUCUGGAGAAAUUGUCUAAUGCUAGUGAUUUUCAAUCAAUUAAGCACAUACACGAUAAAUUUCAAACAAAUAUAAUGAGAGAUUCAUUUUUAUUCAUGGAAGAUGUUUACUUGGGCUUCAAUAGAAUAUUAGAUAUGUGUGAAAACUAUUGUAGGUAUAUAACUGACAUUACAGCUUCCUUAAAUCCACAGUAUAAACAAUGUUAUGAUGAGUUGAAUUUACUUUUUACCAAAAAACCAAAUCAAUUAGUCACGCUAUUAAACACUAUUCAAGAAAUUGAAGUCACUCCCAAACCGAAUCAAUUUAUUGUUAGACUAAAUUAUAAUAGUUGGUUUCUUCAAGCAAUUUCUAUUGAUAGUUAAUAAUGGAUUAUAUUUGAAAAAUACACAUCAAAUGUUUGAUUACAUUAUCAAUAAUAUUUUAAGUCAAAACUAUGUAUUUAUUAAGUUCAUUAUGUUUAUAACAAAUCAAACAAUAAUAAAGUAUUAUUUUUGUAACUUACUACAAGUAUAAAUUGUUUAUUAAAAAUAAUUAUAAUUAAAUUACUAAAUUAUACUAAGAAUAAUGAUAAUACAAAAAUGCAUUAUAUAUCAAUAAUUGAAAAAUUAACACAUAUAACAUUCAAGACAUUGAGAAUUUUAUAUUUUUAAAUUUACAUCUACUUAUUUAAUCUUAUUAUUUUUUUAUUAAUUUAAACAAAAAAUAUAUGUUUAUAAGAUAAAAUAAAAAAAAUCACUAAUCCAAGUAUAAUUUUAAUUAUUUAGAUAAUAGGAAUUAUGUAAUAAUAUUUAAUUUCUAUGUGAUCUAUUGGCAGCUCUCAUUGCUUUUUCUAAUUCAAAUUGCCGCAAAUCUGCCCGUUCUAAAAAAUCCUGCUUUUCUAAGUAUCUAAAAUCAAGAUAUAAAUAUAUUUCUUAUUGAAUUUAUACUUCUUACAAUGAGUUUAACAUUUAAACACUUACCCAUGUUUCCCUUUAUUAUGAGUAAUUAAUUCUUCGGCAAUACCUUCUUCUUUUUUAUAACCAUCCCAAUCUUGUUUUGAUUUUUCUAAAAUUGUCAAUUUACUUUUCUUCCCUAUUUGACUAAGUAUAUUUUCUAAACCACCUGAUUGUUUUUUAGCAAAGGGAGUUGUCGUCAAGCUUUUUGGAAUUUCAGGAGAUUUAGGUUUAGUUAUAUUGUUAUCAUUUUGUAAUCUAUGAAAGAAACAAU